AUGAGCUCUCACAGGCUUAUAUAUGAAGAAGGAAAAGUAGAGGGAUGGGCAGAUAAGGUCGAGAAGAAGCAGAGAAGCGGGACUGAAACGAGGAGAUUACGCUUAGAGGUAGCCCUAAGGCCCAUUUGGAAUAAAGCGCCUUUCAGGCGAGCGACAUCUGCAGCCCCGCAGCGGCGCCUCCUCGCGAACGCGGACCGCGCUGCAAUCCUGAGGACUUCCUGUAGGAGUAAGACAGGAAGGGAGAACCCCACGCUCGGAUCUUCGCUCUUGCUUCGCAGCGCGGGACUGGGGAGAGGAGGGCGGAACGCGCUGCUGAGCUUAAGGAGGGCAGCGGGUGCGGCGACCCCUGCUUUCCAGGUUUUCCAGCCGGAGUACGCGGAGGAAAAGCAAGAACAAAAAGAGAGUAAAUGUGACUCAUUCCAGAGUGGACUAAAAGAACCCGCCUCCAAAUCCCAUCACCCUACCCUGGGAUCGCCUCCGAAGGCUACUGGUGUCACUGGAAAACAAAAUCUUCGGUCAUCUGUUUCGCAGAACUCAAACAAGCAUGGUAACCUUCUGUUUUCGCCCUCUGGGGACCAGUCAGGAGGCGAAGAGAGCCCCAGGUCCCUGUCGUCUUCUGACCGGGAAUCGGGAAACGAGAGCGAGUGGGCCAGAAACUUCCCUGCUCCCAGAGCCAGGCUUCGCUCGGUGUCCUCGAGCCCCCGGGACCCUCUUGACAUCCUGACCAAGAUCUUCCCGGGCCACAGGCGCAGCCGGCUGGAGGGCAUCCUGCACAUCUGCGGAGGGGACGUGGUCCAAGCCAUCGAACAGGUCCUGAGCGGGAAAGAGCAGCCCCCCGGCCCCAGGGGCCCCAGGGGCCUAGCCAGCCCUGGAGAGCUGGGAUGUGCAGCUUUCCAGACCGCUUCGCACUGCAGCUUAGCUGCACUUGGCUUGGGAGCGCUAGGAAAUAAGUCAGCUUUCUCCCCUCUUCACACUGCGUCUGCUGCUUACGGAGGCGAUGCGGGUCUCUACAGCUUAGGUCCUAGGCUAGGCGUCAGUCCCUUACGGUUGGCAUACCCCCCUCCCGGGAGAGGGCUGGCUGGUCUCAUGGCUCCCUACCUGACCCCCGGCUUGGUGCCAGCAUUGCCCUUCCACCCAGCUUUGGAUUAUGCCUUUCCGGGCAUGAUUAGGGAUUCUUCCUACCACCCUAGUAAAGACUCCGUAACUGCUAGCAGACUGUAUUCCAGGCUGAAUCAGGACGAUCUGUGACACAUCUGCCUGCCCUCCCUUCCUGGAGUAUUUCUAGAAGGCAUGCACUACAACCCCACACCCACACCCACACCCACACCCACACAUGUGUUUACUUUGUAUGUGAGUGGAUUACUAAAGAUGCCACUUUUUACAAGCAAUAUAAUAAACUUGAGAUCUAAAGACUUCUUUAGCAUUUAUUAAGUGAAAGAAGUAUUUAAACAUUAUAUGUGCCUUAAAUAAAGCCAUUUCAAGAAAUACUUUUAUUUUAAGCUAAUGCAUUUUCUGCCUAAAAUAUACAUUGUAAAUUUUCUAUUU